CAACUUUUGUAUACAUUUACAGGAUAUUAGACAUAGUAUAUUUCUGAAGUCUGGAAGUCCAAUGAGAGCAUAAUGGAUAUUGGUGAGCUGCUCGAUUAUAAGCCGAACUUGGGUAAAAGAGAUAUUGAUGGCAAUGAUAACCCUUCAGAAAAGCCAAAGAAAAAGUCUGCUAGACUUCAGCUGGGUAAUGAUAUGUCUGUCACAUCAGGUAUAAAAAGAGGUUUCAAUACAGUCCAGACAACACAAUCUAUAUCAAAUAUUGAAGAAGAAGAACGACAGAUGAAACUUUUGGAAAUGGUGGAAGGUCAAAUUCAAAUUUCUGCAGAUGCGAUAGAAACUUUGGAUGAUCAGAGUAUCAAAAAGAUGAUUCUUUCAUUCGAAAAACGUGUUCUAAAAAACCAAGAAAUGCGAAUUAAAUUUUCCGAUAAUCCUGAAAAAUUCAUGGAAUCGGAACUUGACUUGAACGAUAUAGUUUCUGAAAUGAAAGUACUUGCUACGAUGCCUGAACAUUAUCAUUACUUAGUAGAAUUACGUGCUGUUAACUCAUUUCUUGCUCUGGUAAAUCAUGCGAAUGCAGACAUUUCGAUUGCAGUCAUUGAUUUAUUACAAGAACUAACAGAUAUUGAUACAUUAACUGAAAAUGAAGAAGGUGCAGAGGUCCUAAUUGAUGCUCUGAUGGAUGGGCAAGUAUCAUCUCUUCUUGUACAAAAUAUGGAUAGAUUAGAUGAAACAGUAAAGGAAGAAGCUGAAGCUGUUCACCACACCUUGGGAGUAAUUGAAAAUAUGAUCGAACUAAAGCCAGAAUUAUGUCCAGUUCUUGCACAGCAAGAUUUGUUACAAUGGCUCCUCAAAAGGUUAAAAUUGAAAAAGGAAUUUGAUGCCAAUAAACUAUAUUGUGCUGAAAUCUUGUCAAUAUUACUUCAAAGACAUGAUGAGACAAGGAAACUACUCGGAGAACAUGAUGGUAUUGACAUUUUAUUACAACUUCUAGCUGUUUAUAAACGAAAUGAUCCAAUAUCAUCAGAAGAAACUGAACUCAUGGAGAACCUUUUUAACUGCCUUUGCUCUUCAUUAUUGUAUGAAGGAAAUCGAUCACUAUUCUUGAAAGGUGAGGGACUACAACUCAUGAAUUUAAUGUUAAGGGAGAAAAAGAUGUCAAGAAACAGUGCGUUGAAAGUUCUUGAUCAUGCUAUGACUGGAUAUCAUGGUGCAGACAACUGUGCCAAAUUUGUUGAAAUUCUCGGUUUACGAACUCUUUUCCCACUGUUUAUGAGGCCUCCGAAAAAGCAGAAGAAAGGCGGAGUCAGAGUAAAAGUACACGAAGAACAUGUUGUAUCUAUAAUUUCCUCCAUGUUACGAAAUUUACAAGGACCACAACGGCAGAGAUUGAUUAGUAAAUUCACUGAAUCGGAUUUAGCAAAAGUGGAUCGUUUAAUGGAGAUACACUUCAAGUACUAUUCCCGUGUACAAGCUGCAGAAAACAAGUUGGAAAAGGAGAAAGCAAUGUUACAAGCAGAGGGAAAAGAUUGGGACGAGGAAAUGGAAGAUGAACAUUAUAUGAGUAGAUUAGAUGCCGGGCUUUUCAUUUUACAACAAGUAGAUUAUAUUAUUGUUGAAGUGGCAUCUUCUGGUCUGUCAGCAAUUAAACAACGCAUUCAGCAGAUAUUAAAUCUACGUGGCGGCUCUGUUAAAAGCAUCAGAACAAUCUUGCGAGAAUAUGCAGGAAGUAUAGGGGAGGGAGAAGAUGAAUCUGCGAAAACAGAACAGCAGAGAAUUAUGGGUCUUGCUGACAAGUUCUGAUGAAUUCUAGAAAUUUGCUCUGAAAGUUUUUAAAAAAGAAUAGCUCUCAAAACUGGAAAAAAUGCUCAUUGUCAACAUUUUACUGGAUGGCAGAAGGGAACAAGGCGAGGAAGGUGUGUGAAUCUUCACAAAAUUGUCAAAAUGUUGGCAAUACCUACCAAGAAUAAAAUUAAUUCCAUGCGCUGAGUAGUACUUUGCCAAGUGCCGUCUAUGGAUAGCAAAAUAUGUUGUAGGUGAUUUAUUCAAAUGGUCUUUGAGUAAUCGUUUAUUUUUUAAUAUACAAUGAAUUCUCAUUUCUGAUUAGUUCCAAGUAUGACUGGGGAAUUCGCAGCUUAAUGUUUUGUAAAUUAUAGUAGAAUAAUCCUCUUGUUAUCCUGGACUACAAUGUUUUUGCAAUGUAACGCAUAUAAAUUCUCAUUGCCAAAGCUAUGGUUGUAAACAUGAUAGCAAACCAUCCACCUUAA